GCAGGGUAGCUGCGGCCAGAGACAGUCGAUGUUGGUGCGAGAUCUUGCGGCGUCAUCGUCAGGAGCUGUUUGAAUGAAGCGAGAGAAGACAUCUGCAAAACAAAACGAGCAACUCACCUCGCGAAUCGCCGAUUAAUAACAACAAAACGAGAAAAUGCCCAUGUUUACAGUAAAUGUGAAAUGGGGGAAAGAGAAGUUUGAUGCAGUGGAGCUGAACACGGAGGAAGCCCCAAUGGUUUUCAAAGCACAGCUGUUUGCACUGACAGGAGUUCAGCCAGAGAGACAGAAAGUCAUGGUGAAAGGAGAAACGCUGAAGGAUGAAGAGUGGGGAAAAAUCAAAAUAAAAAAUGGAAUGACUUUGUUAAUGAUGGGCUCUGCAGAGGCGCUGCCUGAGGAACCUGUAGUUCGUCCAGUCUUUGUUGAAGAUAUGACAGAAGAACAACUAGCAUCAGCACUGGAGAUGCCCAGUGGACUGACAAACCUGGGCAAUACUUGCUACAUGAACGCUACUGUUCAGUGCCUGCGUUCUGUGCCAGAACUCAAAGAAGCCCUAAAGAGGUAUUCCGGUGCCUUGAGAGGUUCAGGGGCAAAUGCUUCUUCUCAGUAUAUUACAGCAGCUCUUCGUGACUUGUAUGACUCCAUGGAUAAAACAUCCUCUAGUAUACCGCCUAUCAUCCUCCUGCAGUUCCUGCACAUGGCCUUCCCUCAAUUUGCAGAGAAAGGGGAACAAGGACAGUAUCUUCAGCAGGAUGCCAAUGAGUGCUGGGUUCAGAUGAUGAGAGUAUUGCAACAAAAGCUGGAACCAUUGGAGGGAGAGGCUCCUAUGGAGACUGAUUCUGGGACAGCAGCAGAAAGUGGUGCAGCAGCUGCUCCAACCAAAAAGUACUUUAUAGACCAGUUCUUUGGUGUGGAGUUUGAAACCACUAUGAAGUGUGCAGAAGCUCAGGACGAAGAGCCAACAAAAGGGAAGGAGAACCAGCUUCAGCUCAGCUGCUUCAUUAACCAGGAGGUCAAAUACCUCGCCACAGGACUCAAAUUGCGUCUACAAGAAGAAAUCACCAAACUGUCUCCCUCCUUGCAACGAAAUGCUUUGUACAUAAAAUCUUCCAGAAUCAGCCGUCUACCCGCCUACUUGACUGUUCAGAUGGUUCGAUUCUUUUACAAAGAGAAGGAGUCUGUGAAUGCCAAAGUUCUCAAGGAUGUGAAAUUCCCCUUAAUGCUCGACGUUUUCGAGCUCUGUACUACAGAGCUGCAGGAGAAAAUGGUGUCCAUCCGAUCAAGGUUCAAGGAGGUAGAAGACGACAAACUUAACACGCAGCAACAAAAGGUGGAUACGAAAAAUGGAACUCCAAAAGAAGUGAAAUAUGAGCCAUUUUCCUUUCCCAAUGAUACUGGCUCUAACAACAGCGGAUACUAUGACCUACAGGCCGUCCUAACACAUCAAGGACGAUCUAGUUCAUCGGGUCAUUAUGUGUCCUGGGUUAAGAGAAAAGCAGAUGAGUGGAUCAAGUUUGACGAUGAUAAAGUCAGUGUUGUGUCCCCUGAAGACAUCUUGAAGUUGUCAGGUGGUGGAGACUGGCACAUAGCAUACGUCCUGUUGUAUGGACCUCGUCGGUUAGAAAUACUUGAAAAGCAAUAAUAAUUAGUAAAAUAAAAAAAUGCUAUUUCCAAGCACUGUCUGCGUAGAUGUGCAAUAAAUAUUUGUCUUAAAAACUCAUGACCUUAAAACCUUUUUUGUAAUUGGAUUUCUAUACAUCUAAAAUCUUGCACCUUGCUUUGUGUCAUUAAAGAGUAAACACCUAAUAGUUUUAACUGGCCUCCCAAGUUAAGAAAUAAUAUCCAGAAAUUCUUUGAACUGAAUGAAAUGGAGUGUAGUAAUUCUUAACCAUUGCCUGUCUAGAGUGUCCAUUUUAUAUGCAGUAUUUAAAAGCUUUUGACCAGUUUUCUUAUCAUGCAAAGAUGGUCAUAUUUAUAAGUUAGUAGUUACAUAGUAUUUUCCUGCAAACAAAUAUAUUCAUUACAAAUAUAUUUGUAGAUAACUUUUUUUUUCUUAAACUUAGCUGAGCUACAUCACUGCAUCUAAAAUCUACAGUCUGCAAGACAUUGGUAAAUGGAGACUUAUGCAACAUUUAAUUUGCAUUAAUUCAGUGGUCCCUUUUUAUACCUGGAAGUAUAGGGAAAUAUUGCAAAGGAGCAAGUGCUUUGAUUUGGUUUCAUAUAGACAGUAUGAACAGAACAAAUUUAUAUACUAGCAAAACAUUCCCUUAUUUUACACUUGCAGUAAUGUGCCAUUUACAUUUAAAUAUCCUAGGAACUUUGGCCUAAGUAUUUCCAUCUUAAAAUUAAUAAAUCAUUUACUACGACUUGAAAUACAGAUGGUGUAUUCUGUAAAGACAGUUUUGUUACACAGAAAGACAUAUUUAUUGCACAUUAAUCUGUCUUUACUGUUGCAUGGGUUCCAUUCUACAACAUGUGUAAUUCCUUGCCUUCAUUUGCCUUACUCAUUCUCGGUAGGGAGGCAGAAGGAAAAUUGUUGCCUCACUUGUAACUCAGUGCUGCUGCCCAAAGUCUGAACAGCCCUAUUGCCACAAUCAAGCAUAAACCCAGCAAGGAGUGGCUCAUCUACUUUUUUUGUCAUAAAUUAUUGAUGCUGGCAGGAAAAAAUAAAUAAAUGUUUAACGGAA